GGGGCUCGUCGCUUUGCUUUCCCGCUCCAGCAGCAGCAACUGCAACAGCCGUCUGUGUCGCGGUCGUUGUCGCUGUCGCCUUCACCGCGCGCCCCUCACAACCCACGAACCACCAUGCCUAACAUCGUGCUCUUCAGCGGCAGCUCGCACCAGGACCUGUCCCAGCGCGUCGCCGAUCGCUUGGGCCUGGAGUUGGGCAAGGUGGUCACCAAGAAGUUCAGCAACCAGGAGACCAGCGUUGAGAUUGGUGAAAGUGUAAGAGGGGAAGAUGUCUACAUCAUCCAGAGUGGCUGUGGAGAAAUUAAUGACAACCUCAUGGAACUGCUCAUCAUGAUCAACGCAUGCAAGAUUGCCUCAUCUUCUCGGGUGACUGCCGUGAUCCCGUGUUUCCCAUAUGCCCGGCAAGACAAAAAGGAUAAGGUAGGAGAGAGCCGUGCUCCAAUUUCUGCAAAGCUUGUGGCCAACAUGCUCUCAGUUGCUGGGGCUGAUCAUAUCAUCACCAUGGACCUGCAUGCCUCUCAGAUACAGGGAUUCUUUGAUAUUCCUGUGGAUAAUUUAUAUGCGGAGCCAGCAGUCCUGCAGUGGAUUCGGGAGAAUAUCACCGAGUGGAGGAACUGUAUCAUUGUUUCCCCCGAUGCAGGGGGAGCUAAAAGGGUCACUUCCAUUGCAGACAGGCUGAAUGUGGAAUUUGCUUUGAUCCACAAAGAGAGGAAGAAAGCAAAUGAAGUGGACCGGAUGGUUCUAGUGGGUGACGUGAAGGACCGAGUGGCCAUUCUGGUGGAUGACAUGGCUGACACGUGUGGCACCAUCUGCCAUGCUGCAGAUAAACUACUAUCCGCCGGAGCCACCAAAGUUUAUGCAAUCCUUACCCAUGGGAUCUUCUCUGGGCCAGCUAUUUCUAGAAUUAAUAAUGCUGCCUUUGAAGCUGUUGUUGUUACCAACACUAUUCCACAAGAGGACAAGAUGAAACACUGCUCCAAGAUUCAGGUGAUUGACAUUUCGAUGAUCCUGGCCGAGGCCAUCCGAAGGACACAUAAUGGGGAGUCUGUGUCUUAUCUGUUCAGCCAUGUCCCACUGUAAAAGCAGAAUUUGAAGUGUGAGCAGGUCUAUUUCGACUACUCACUCAUCUGCUUUUUUAUUUUAGCAUUAGGACUCUGUAAUGAUAGCAUAUCACUGGCAAAAAUAUCAGACCUUCGUAUACUCUGAAAGUCAUUGUUUCCCCUUUGAAAGCUUAAGACAGGUUCUUUCUAGUUUGUUUGUUUGUUUGUUUGUUUGUUUUCCGGGGGAGAGGAGUAAAGGUGUUGGCUAUUUUGAUCUUUAAGUGAAUUGUCUUAAAUGAGAAACAUAUUUUAUCACUUUGACUUACUUAGAUACGUGAUUUUCUCCUUUGUUCUUUUAGUACUUUGAGGCAACAACUCCCAAGCGUAAAAUUCCAUUAUGAAAAUUCCUAGUAUAUAUAUUUUGAGGUUUCCAGAGGUAACUUCAAAUUAAAGCCUUCUGUGUAAAUAUAUAAUGAUAAUAAUGUCUGUAGAAAUUUGGGUGAAACCUUAUAUAUCCCUUUAAUUCAGAGUAAACGUUAGAAAAGGUAUAAUACUACAGAUUUUAAUUUUUUUUCUUUUUUACAAAAAGUAGUAACUGAGUUUCAAAUAGGAUAUCUUGGUUAUUUAUUGUGCUUAAUUUGGACCAAAUUUUAUUUAGUGUAUGAUGAUCACUGACAUAUUUUGGUGUUGGACCUUUUUAGCAGACAGUAGGCAUAUCAAAGACAUGUAGCUCUGUAUCAUUUUUAUUUCCAUUUUUAAAAUGAGUCAUGACUAUCACCUACUUGAAACAUCAUGCUGUAAAAUCAAAAUUUUGUUCCAUAAUUACUGUGAUUUAGAAACCAUUUUGAGGUGAGGCACUGGUGGUUUGCCUGUCAUCCUAGUUACUCAGGAUCCUAUGUAAGGGUCAUGGUUUAAAGCCCGCCUGGGUAGACAAAUCUGAGAGGUUCUUUUUUAUCUGUAAUUAAUCAGCAAAACGCCCAAA